AUGAAGAAUCCAAGGGCAAAUGUAAAGAAAACCUCUUCUAAAAAUGAUGAAUACCAUCUAACACUACACCGAGUAUUUUCAGUUAUGCCUGUGGAGUUAGCGAAUAAGUUCAUGAAAAAUUUAUGCGAUGAUAUUCAUCUAAAAUUAGAAAUGCAAACAUUUCUAGAAACGUCAGACAUUGUAUUACAGAGACCAAACUUAACAUAUAAAUCGUUACGUAAAAAUGACUUAUUUAAACAGAAAUAUCAAAUAGAACCAAUGAAUUUGAUCAAUAAUAAUCCAAAACAAAUGGAACCGAAAACAUCUUUAUGGGACUCUGCUUUAAUUGACUAUUUUGUAGAAUGCAUAAAAUGGUCAACAACCAAAUGGAUUGAAGAAUUCUACAGGAAGAAAUCAAAUCUUAUUGAGCAUAAAAUACCUAUUUCAAUGUUUCAGUAUCUACCGUCUAUUGAUGACUGUAGUGAAAAAGAAGUUGAAAAACUGAUGUGUUUGUGUACUAGUUUCACUACUGCCUAUAUAUUACUACGCCAUUUACAACUAUGGCAGUUGACAAAUGAAAAUUUGGUCAAACGUCAGACGGAUAUAACUGUCACUGGUAAUGUAAAUGAAGAAGAUGAAAAAAUCAAUACAACUUGUUUAGUUGCAUCGAUUCAAUUUUUCAAAUCAUUAUUCCAAUUUCCACUUGAGCACACCUCAGGUAAAAUCACCAGUCAUAAGGAUAAUAGUGAUGUUAGUAACUUGGUGGAUUUUCAAAACAAUUUCUGUGGUUAUUUAUCAAUUCUCAACUCAACAGCUGGUGAACUGUUAGUUGAGUUCUUCUCAAAGCAUUUUUUAAAUAAGCAUCAUUUAUUGGAGAGGGUAUUUGGACCAUUUACAUCACAAAAUCAAAAACUGAUAAGAAUUCCUUGUCCACUCUAUUUUGAAACUUUAUUGGAAAAAUUUGAAACUAUUGAUUCUGUAUGGCCAGCUCCAUUGUCAGAGGCCGUUCCCCUAGCAUUUGUUUCAAAAUAUCCUCAAUAUUUUUCUGAAAAAGUGACUAAGUGGUUAAAACUUAUAGAGCCAACCGAAGCAGAAAUAGAUUCCGAUAUGAAAACUUCAGAGCAAAGUGAGCAGUUACAAAGAAUACAACAACAACAGUCUGUAGAUGAUGAAAUAGAAAUUAUUAAACCAAGUGAAUUGAAACAAACUGAAGAGUUGCAUUCAAUAUCCUAUGAAAGAUAUCUUACUUCUAUUGAUUCAUUAGAUGUAGAUGAAUUGAAUGCAAUUAUUCAAGUUACUCAAUCUGAAUUAAAUGAUAUUGUGAAAAACUUAUUGGACGAUGUAACCUUUUCUAAUCAAGAACUUUUGGAUAUGAUCAAGGGGAAUGAAAUUGAAUUGGGUAAACAAAUAAUUGAAAGAGCUAAACUUAAAAUUAAUGAAAAAAAUGGCCACAUUAAAUGA